AUGCCAUGGUAUCGCCGUAUCGCCACCUUUCUGAACGGCGCGCUGCGGGAGGUUCGGGCCACCCGCCGCACCAACCUGGCCUUGCUCACCCCUGCCAUCUUGGAUCGGCGCAUCCUGGCCAUCUCGGUGUUGGUAAUGACCUGGCUCGGUCAGUUACCCUACACACACCACCAGCGGAAGAAGCGGCUGUUUCGCUUGCUGUACGACACCCGCUUUGACACCGUGGCGGUGCAGACCGUGCUGUUGGGACCCAUCUGUCAGGCGGCCCGGUUGCGGGAGCUGCCACCGACGACGUCAACUGUACCCCGUAUUUCUCCUGAACCAUGGAUGUCGCACCUCCCACACCGUUGA